AUUCAGCAGUCUAAGAUAUGAUGUCACUACACAUGACAGCAUCUUAACCUCUCCUCCUGGUUGGCAGUGUGAUGGUUCUAGAUAAUGUUAUCACAUCAAAGAAGAGUUUUGAUGAUAAUGAUAACAUUGCAACAUUUCCUUUUUAUUUGUUGUGACAGAAAAAGAAAUAAAAAAUUGUUUAAAACUUAAACAAAAUUACAGUGAAUCAAUUACAUAGGAAUGAAGCAUCAACUGCAUUAAUUAAAGUUUAGAUCUUAAAUUAAUUAAAAAGUAUCUCUAUAAGAGAUUCAAAUAUAAAUCAAAUUAUAUUAUUACUGAAAUUAUUGACUUAAUAACAGCCAUCAAAGUUCAUAUAAAUAAAAUAAAAAUCAAAGACAAAUCUUCAGUUCUUAAAAUGAUAUUUUGUAAUAUUCUUUUAAUCCUAAGACUGAUAGUUUUAUUUAAAAUAUAAAACGAAACCAUCAUUUUGUAGAAAUUGGGCAUCGAUAUGACAUUUAUUGCUACAUAAGGAAUAAAAAUUAAUGGCAGAAGCAUAACCUCUUGUGAUUAAUGAACUUAAAAUGCAUUACAAUAGUGUAAUAGAAGAGAAGUUGGCUGUCUCGACUUCUAUUAUUGCUUGUGUUUUCGACGGUGGAGUUGCCCUUGGAGCUGAUUCCAGAACUUCAUCUGGUGUUUUUAUAACUAAUAGGGUGGCAGAUAAGUUAACCAAAAUCACUGACAAUAUUUAUUGUUGCCGCUCUGGAAGUGCUGCUGAUACUCAGGCAAUAUCUGAUAUUGUUUCUUAUCAUCUUGCUUUCCAAAAGGCAGAAACUGGUGAGGAACCCUCUGUUGCUACUGCAGCUGCUGUUUUCCAAGAAUUGUGUUAUAAUCAUAGAGAACAACUUACAGCUGGAAUAAUUGUUGCUGGCUAUGAUAAAGUUAAGGGAGGCCAGGUUUACAAUAUCCCACUUGGAGGUAUGUGUGUUGAGAAGAAAUGUGCAAUGGGUGGUGCAGGAAGUACAUAUGUUUAUGGCUAUAUGGAUUCAAACUUUAAAGAGAAUAUGACUGAACAAGAAGUCAAGAAAUUUAUUUUGCAUCUUCUCGCACUAGCAAUGAGUCGCGAUGGAUCUUCUGGUGGUGUAGUUAAUAUUUGUAUUAUUGAUGGCCAAGGUCCACCAAGAAAAGAGUUUUAUAUUGGAGACCAAAUUCCAAAAUAUGGUAUUUGA